CUUCCGGCAGCUAAAGGUUUUGUUGCCAAUAGCUUUUAUUCCGGCUUGACGCCCACGGAGUUUUUCUUCCACACGAUGGCUGGUCGCGAGGGUCUGGUCGACACAGCCGUGAAAACAGCCGAAACGGGAUACAUGCAGAGACGACUGGUGAAGUCACUUGAAGAUCUGUGUUCCCAGUACGACUUGACUGUCAGGAGUUCCACUGGGGACAUUAUCCAGUUCAUUUACGGCGGGGACGGUUUGGCUACUGCAGCCAUGGAAGGGAAAGAUGAACCUCUGGAGUUCAAGCGAGUCCUGGAUAACAUCAGGGCCGUGCAUCGCAGCCGGGGUGAACCAGCCCUUAGUAAAAAUGAACUGGUGCUGACUGCUGAAUCCAUCAUGAAGAAGAGUGAAUUCCUGUGCGGCCAAGACAGCUUCCUACAGGAAAUAAAGAAAUUCAUUCAGAGUAUGUCUGAGAAGAUCAAGAAAACCAGAGACAAGUACGGCAUCAAUGACAACGGCACCACCGAGCCACGUGUCUUGUACCAACUGGACCGGAUUACUCCAACCCAGCUGGAGAAGUUUCUGGAGACCUGUCGAGAGAAGUACAUGAGGGCACAGAUGGAGCCUGGCUCUGCCGUGGGAGCUCUGUGCGCCCAGAGCAUCGGCGAGCCUGGCACACAAAUGACACUGAAGACCUUCCAUUUUGCUGGCGUCGCCUCCAUGAACAUCACGCUGGGGGUGCCGAGGAUCAAAGAGAUCAUCAACGCCUCCAAAGCAAUCAGCACUCCCAUUAUCACUGCGCACCUCGACACGGACGGCGAUCCGGACUUUGCCCGUUUGGUGAAAGGGCGAAUUGAGAAGACUCUGUUGGGAGAGAUUUCUGAGUACAUUGAAGAGGUUUUCCUUCCCGACGACUGCUUUAUUCUGGUCAAGCUGUCCUUGGAGCGGAUUAGGCUGCUAAGACUGGAAGUGGUGGUUCAAGGCAUCCCAGAGGUGUCACGAGCUGUCAUUCAUAUCGACGAGCAGAGCGGAAAAGAGAAGUACAAAUUGCUGGUGGAGGGUGACAACCUGCGCGCCGUCAUGGCCACGCACGGAGUCAAAGGGACCAGGACGACUUCCAACAAUACUUACGAGGUUGAGAAAACCCUGGGCAUUGAGGCCGCUCGUACCACCAUUAUUAACGAGAUUCAGUACACGAUGGUCAACCAUGGGAUGAGCAUUGACCGGAGGCAUGUGAUGUUGCUCUCUGACCUGAUGACGUACAAGGGCGAAGUCCUGGGCAUCACUCGGUUUGGACUGGCCAAAAUGAAGGAGAGCGUCCUGAUGCUUGCGUCUUUUGAAAAGACAGCGGACCAUCUCUUUGACGCGGCAUACUUCGGGCAGAAGGACUCAGUGUGCGGAGUCUCAGAGUGCAUCAUCAUGGGCAUCCCCAUGAACAUCGGGACCGGACUCUUCAAGCUGCUGCAUAAAGCGGACAAGGAAGCCAGCCCCGCGAGGAGGCCUUUGAUAUUCGAUAACCCCGACUUCCAUGUGACCCUUACUACGUAGCAGCUGGAUGGCGGCGAAUGGACGGUAGAGGAGAGCCCAGAGAAAUGUAACAUAGAAAGUGCUGAGCAGUUGUGUUGACUGGCAGGGCUGAAGCCGGUGAGAACGAGCGUAAAUCCUUGAUGAACACUGCAGACGGUUUAGAAGGCCAAGAAGACAACAGCAGCAAAAUAGUGUGUAAAUUUGUUACAAGCUGACCUGUGUUCAGCAGACUACGGAGAUGAUAGCCAUUACCCUGGCUGUAGUCUGUGCCUCCUAGUGCGUGACCCUUCUGCAAGCCAGUCGCAGGGCUCUAGGCUCCGUCACGGUCUGUCACAUGGACACGUGGUACCAUUCAAGGAGGUGCUUGAAUCCAGACGCAAGGGCCUUCUUGUUCUUUUCCUAAACUUGAGAAAAACUACAUCGC